GCCGCGAGGCGCGCUAAAUACAACUUUUUCUUCUUUACCAUCUAAGCAAAAAAACAUUGUAUUUUGAAAUAUCUGAAAUAUUAUUCCAUAACAAAAAAAUGUCAACAAAUAUAAAUGAUUAUCCAUCAUGCAUUAAAAUUCCAAAUACAAAACAAAAUCAUAAAACCAUAGAACAAUAUCAAACGAAAGAAAGUUUACCAUUAGUUGUACAACAAAAAAAAAUAAUACGUGUAAACAAUGCAUUAUUGUCAUUGGCAAAUCAAAUAUUUGGAGAAGAAAAGUGGAGUUAUUCUAUUACUAAUCAAACAUUAGAUUUUGUUGACUCUGCCUGGGAUAUUUAUGUUGUUGGAUGCUGUACAUUAGUAAAAGUACAAUUACAUUCAGGAAUUUUUCGUGAAGAUAUGGGAUAUAGUGUUAAGAAAGGAUCAGUGAAAGGUGAAGCUAUACAUUGUGCUAGACUUGCUUCUUACAAUGAUGCAUUAGUUAAAGUCUUAUGUAGUUUUGGUGGUAAAAUAAAGACAGAAGCUGAGGAACUUGCGAAGGAACUUUCUAAUUCUCUUACUCUUCCUAAAAACAAGUUGUCUCCUCCAGUAAACCAUGAUAUAAAUGAAACAAAAGAAAAAGAAAAAGAAAAAGAAAAAGAAGAGGCAGUACUUGAAAAUACAAGUAAUGUAUUGUGCCAAGAACCAGAAGUUUCCAAGACAAACGUCAAUAACAUACCUUCAAGUAAUAAUGUAAAUUGUAUGAAAAAUCAGUUAACUUCAAAACCAAAUAUUUUUACAGAUCAAGAGGAUAUGAACAAUAAAAAAUUAUCUAUAGAAGAAAUAAUUCGUCAAGAGAGGAAGAGAAAACAAAUGGAGAAACAAAUGGAAUAUAGAAGACUGAUGAAAGAAAAGGAAUUAAAGAAAAGUAAUAAUUUAUAAAAAGAAUACUAUUAAAUUUAGAAUACAACUGGAUUUCAUCAUUUUUUCAUCUCUAAAGGUAAUAAAUAGAUUGAACUUUAUCUAAAAAUAAGCUUAACACAAAAUUAAACCUUAUAUAUAUUAAGUACAAUUAUAUUAAAG